AUGUCCACGACCUCCUCCCACCCUCCCAGAUGGGCCGCCCUCGCGCGCGACACCAACGAGACCAAGAUUCAGUUGGCCAUCAAUCUCGAUGGCGGGGCAUUCCCACCCGACACCGACUCGAGACUCACUGCGGCCGUUACCGAACACGCCUCGCAGGCGAGCAAGUCUCAGACGAUUAGCGUCAACACCGGCAUCGGCUUCCUCGACCACAUGCUCCACGCCCUCUCCAAGCACGCCGGCUGGAGUUUGGCCCUCGCCUGCAAGGGCGACCUUCACAUCGACGACCACCACACCGCUGAGGAUGUCUGCAUAGCCCUCGGCUACGCCUUCUCCAACGCCCUCGGCAGCGCGACUGGCCUCGCCCGCUUCGGUUACGCAUACGCCCCCCUCGACGAAGCCCUCUCCCGCGCCGUCGUCGACCUGUCCAACCGACCUUAUAGCGUUAUCGACCUCGGGCUCCGCCGCGAGAAGAUUGGCGACCUGAGCUGCGAGAUGAUCCCCCACUGCCUGCAGAGCUUCGCCCAGGGCGCCAGAGUCACCCUGCAUGUCGACUGCCUGCGGGGUGAGAACGACCACCACCGUGCCGAGAGCGCCUUCAAAGCCCUGGCCGUGGCCGUCAAGAUGGCAACGAGUCGCGUUGCUGGCAAGGAGGGAGAAGUGCCCAGCACCAAGGGAACCUUGAGCGCGUAA